CGCAUCGCUUCCCUGAAAUUCGCUGCGAUGCGGUUAUUGACCGCCAAUGGUCUUAAAACAAGGCAACAUGCACUGGUCACUACAAGACUCCAGUACCGUGCCUACCACGUUGCCAUCAUUGGGGGUGGCAUCACUGGACUCACAUCAGCAUACUACCUGUCGAAGAACCCCGAUGUCACCGGUAUUACGAUUUACGAAAAAUCUCCUCGCCUUGGAGGUUGGAUGAGAUCUGAGCGUGUCCCAGUUAAAGGCGGCGAUGUGCUAUUCGAAUACGGUCCUCGUACGAUAAGAUGCUCAGACGCGCUUGGACCUACUUGGCGGAUGGCUAAAUCUUUAGGCUUAGAGGAUGAAGCGAUUUGGACCCCCAAAUGGCAUCCUGCCGCAUCCAAUCGUUAUAUCUAUUACCCGGAUCGUCUCGUCCGCCUGCCAACCCCACGUCCAGGACACAGUUUUUGGGCUAACCUCAAAGAACUCGUUGGAACAAUCUACAGAGAACCUCUUUUCAAGACAGUCAUACCGGCCUUGCUUCUUGAGAAUUCAAAACCGCCACGACCAAUGGACGAAUGGCACCGGGACGAGUCUGUCGCAAGCUUCAUAUCGCGAAGAUUUUCUCCAGAAAUCGCAGACAAUAUUGCUUCAGCUGGAAUCCAUGGAAUAUACGCGGGAGAUAUUGAUAGGCUGAGUGCCCAGACUCUUCUGGGAUCUCUACGCAACAUGGACGAUGGUAUCCUUAUGGGCAUGCUUAACAGAGCCUUGACCGGGAGAGAAAUCAGAUUAACGGAUGAUGUCAUGGCUGAGGGAAUUAGUCGAAAUCUGUAUUUGCAAGAAGUGGGUGAAGAUGAGGGUCGUAUAUCUGAGGAGAAGUUCAGUGCCCGGGCCAAAAGCUCGGCCACCCUCACAUUCAAGCAAGGAACACAGCAGCUUGUGGACGCGAUGGCUGCCUAUCUGAAGAAAAGCAAAAUUGUCCGAAUCAAAACAGAUUCAGAAGUUCAAGCAAUGAGCUCACUGGCAAAGCUUGAAAAGCUUCAGAUUACUUCUCGUCAAAGCGGUGGUGGUAGCAAUCGUGCGACAUAUGACCGUGUCAUUGCCUCCAUUCCAUCACCUGCAUUGGCCAACAUCCUUGAAUCAGCCAACACGAACCACCCGGGUCAGUCUCUUGCCCACGAAACCAUCAGAAAACUCAAGUUGCAUAACUAUGCGGUUACUGUCAUGGUUGUCAAUCUUUAUUAUGACAAUCCCGAUAUUCUCCCCGUCACCGGCUUUGGUUAUUUGAUCCCUCGCUCAGUACCACACGAAAAUAAUCCAGAUUGUGGACUGGGGGUUCUUUUCGCAAGUUCCUCUAGUCAUGGUUGUCCCACCUCCAUGUCCCCUGACGUGGAUCAAUUCGUUUCUCAAGAUAAUGCGCCGGGAACUAAGAUUACAGUCAUGCUCGGUGGCCACUAUUGGGAUGGUUGGAAGGAUACUGAUUACCCUAAUCACGAAACUGCCGUGGAGAUGGCCCGCGCCAUGCUUGAGCGCCAAAUUGGAAUCAAAGAGGCCCCCAGCGUUGCACGAAGCAGCCUUCAAAAGAAUGCCAUCCCUCAAUACCUCGUAGGGCACCUUGACCGCAUGUAUGAUCUGUCCGCGACAGUGAAGGAUGAAUUCAACAGACAACUCAUUGUUGCCGGGAACUGGUACACCGGAGUUGGUGUCAAUGAUUGUGUUCGACAAGGUCUUCUUGCUGCAACAUCCUGUAUGAAAGGUAACAAGCCCCUACCCAAAGAUCACGACUAUACUCUUGAUAACGCCAUGGGUUGGGACUUGAUUGGCGGAAUUCCAACAGCACCGGUGAAGUAUUCAUCAAAUAAGUAG